AUGAAACGCAUAUUCCUACUACUAUUGCUACGGAUACCUCGUGACGCCGAGUCGGCCCACGCCGCACAAACUCAAGCAGCAUUUCUUUCCUUUCUUAGAAGACAUCAUCAAGAACAUUCGGAGCAAACAAACUCGGAAGAAAUCACACCCAACUUGCUGGUGGUAGAAGAACAAACACAGGCAACUGUUCGAACACAAGGGCGAAUAGCAGUCAAGGCACCCCCGCCAGAACAACCCUGGUCCUUUGAUCAAAUCAACGAAACGGCCAAUGUUUGGGCACUAUCUCCCGAUGAGACAAUGAAGCUAUCCAUGCUACAAGAACGGCUUCAGAACCUUCCUCACCCCAAAAACAAUCCACAUGAUGUCGCCCGCUUUCUCAAAGAAUACAGCGGUGACGUCGAACAAUGCGAGUCCCAGUUCCGUCAAAUGAUUGAAUGGAGACAAAACACCAACGCCGAUUCCUUUUUGGAGAAUUAUCAGCCGCCAAAAGACUUUGCCAAAUUUCCAGCAGGCAUUCUCAAGGGUCGCGAUUGGGAUGGAGAUCCUGUUCAUGUGGAACGAACUGGAGCUGCCGAUGGACUUGGUCUAUUGCGGAAAUAUGGAAGAGAGGAAAUGGUCAAGCAUGGCAUCUGGCUUCGAGAAAUCCAAUCGCGAGGAGAAUGGCUCGAAGAGUACGAACGUGAAGAAGGACAUAAGAUGAAGAGCUUUACAGUGAUUAUGGAUUUCAAGGACCUCAAUCGCCGGCAUCUUACACCUUCUUUGAUGUCAGCAGGCCAGGAGAUUUCCAAGUUAGUCACGGACAACUAUCCAGGAUAUGCCAAGCGCUUCCUAGUCAUUCGAACACCCGGCAUCUUUCACUUCGCAUGGAACGCCUUCAAACCAUUCAUUGACGAGAGUACAAGGAAAAAAAUUGUAUUUCUGAAGGACAAAGAUUACUAUGAAGACCUCAAACAAUACCUCGACCCUAGCAUUCUCCCGAUCGAAAUAUGCCCGGAAGGAUCGGGACAGGCCAUUGAUGAAAUUUCCCCAGCAUGGGAGGGCGGUUUGAUUGGCAACGCAAAGUAA